CCUUCUUCCUUCCUUCCUUCUUCUCCGUCUUCAAUAUCUACCCACAGUCGGUGCCCUCUCUCUUUCUCUCUUUCUCUCUUUGAAUCAUUUACUAUACACGCGGACUGAAAGCAACAAGGAAAUCAACACCUUCGCCGUUUCUUCUUCACGAUCUGAACCCAUUUCCAGAUGCAGCUACAGUCUCAUCCCUAGUUCAUCCUUCCUCCAGCUAGGAAUUUCAUCAAUCAAUUCAUAGUUUCCGCUUCCUUGGAGGAAAGGAGGAAAUGGGUCAAGACAAUCUAACAACUUUAAAGAGAGGCGGAUCACUACCCACCACCGCCGCCGCCGCAAACGGCGUUAGAUCCACCGCUAGAACAUCUUUCCUCCCAAGAGGUCGACAGCAGAUCCAACGGACCUUCAAUAACAUCAAGAUUACAAUCCUAUGUGGGUUCGUUACCAUCCUCGUCCUCCGAGGUUAUGUCGGCGUCAAUCUCGGAAGCACAGACGCGGAUGCAAUUAAUCAAAAUCUCAUCGAGGAAACUAACCGGAUCUUAGCUGAGAUCCGGUCUGAUAAUGAUCCAAACGAUGCUGAUGAGUCUGUUUACAAUGAGUUGAAUCUGAAUACAACUUAUACCCUUGGUCAAAAAAUCAGUAAUUGGGAUGAAGAACGCAAGUCUUGGCUAGAUCAGAAUCCUGAAUUCCCGAAUUAUGUUAACGGUAAACCUCGAAUCUUACUUGUAACAGGUUCUUCUCCUGGUCCAUGUGAUAAUCCAAUUGGUGAUCAUUACUUACUGAAAGCAACGAAAAACAAGAUAGAUUACUGUAGAUUGCAUGGUAUUGAGAUUGUAUAUAACAUGGCUCAUUUAGAUAAAGAACUAUCUGGUUAUUGGGCGAAAUUACCUCUUAUCAGGAAACUAAUGUUGUCUCAUCCUGAGGUUGAAUGGGUUUGGUGGAUGGAUAGUGAUGCCUUAUUCACAGACAUGGUUUUCGAACUCCCACUUUCGAAAUACGAAAACCAUGACAUGGUUAUUCAUGGCUACCCUGAUUUGUUAUUCGAGCAGAAAUCGUGGAUUGCUGUGAAUACAGGUAGUUUCUUGUUUAGGAACUGUCAGUGGUCUCUUGAUUUGCUUGAUGCUUGGGCUCCAAUGGGUCCUAAAGGUUCAAUUCGAGAAGAGGCGGGGAAGAUCUUGACUGCGAAUUUGAAAGGUAGACCUGAUUUCGAGGCGGAUGAUCAAUCUGCUUUGAUUUAUUUGUUGAUUUCAGGAAAGGAUAACGGCGAUUGGAUGAAAAGGGUGUUCUUGGAGAAUUCUUACUAUUUACAUGGUUAUUGGGCUGGAUUGGUUGAUAGGUAUGAAGAGAUGAUGGAGAAGUAUCAUCCUGGUUUGGGUGAUGAAAGAUGGCCUUUUGUUACUCAUUUUGUGGGAUGUAAACCGUGUGGAAGUUAUGGAGAUUAUCCGGUUGAGCGAUGUAUGAAGAGUAUGGAGAGAGCGUUCAAUUUUGCUGAUAAUCAGGUUCUUAAUUUAUAUGGUUUUGGUCAUAGAGGUUUGUUGAGUCCUAAGAUUAAGAGAAUCAGGAAUGAGACUGUUAGUCCUUUGGAGAAUGUGGAUCGGUUUGAUAUUCGACGAAGAACGAUUCAAGAAGGGAGUGGAUGAAACCGGCACCGACACGACGAAGAAGAACCAGACUAGAUCAUCGGCUUAUGGAGAAGAGGUGAUGAUGUUAUUUAUAAUUGUCUUUAGGUAAGAAAAAAAUGUUAUUCUCCAGUUAAGAUAAGACUGCACUUUGAUUGACAACUAAAACAACAGUUCAAAAGCAUAAGUCAGAAUUGUUUGUUUUGUU